AUGAACAUCCACGAAUAUCAGGCGAAACAGUGGCUCGCGCGGUUCGGCGUGCCCGUACCCGGCGGACGGGUGGCGGAUACGGCCGACGAGGCGCGGGCGGCGGCGGAGGAGAUCGGGUUUCCGUGCGUGGUGAAGGCGCAGAUCCACGCCGGGGGCCGGGGCAAGGCCGGCGGCGUCAAGGUCGUCCAUACCGCCGAGGAGGCGGGCAAGUUUGCCGAGGGUUUGCUGGGAAAGGCUCUGGUCACGCACCAGACCGGUCCGGAGGGGCGAAUCGUCCGGCGCGUGUGGGUGGAAGAGGCGUCGCGGAUCGCCAGGGAGCUCUACUGCAGCAUCGUCCUGGACGCGGCGGCCGGGCAACCCGCCAUCAUCGCCUGCGGACAGGGAGGCAUGGAGAUCGAGGAUGUCGCCAAGGAGACACCGGACGAGAUCAUCGUCGAGCUGGUGGAUCCACUGGUGGGGGUAGCGCCGUUCCAGGUUCGCCGCGUGGCAAGGCGGCUGGGGCUGUCCGGCAAGGAGGUCGGAGCCUUCGGAGCCCUGCUCAAGGAUCUGUACCGCGCUUUCCUGGACUCCGACUGCAUGCAACUGGAAAUCAAUCCGCUGGCCCAGCUCGACGACGGCCGUUUCCUCGUCCUGGACGCCAAGAUGAACUUCGACGGCAACGCGCUCUUUCGCCACCCCCAGAUCGUCGAGUUGCGCGACAUCACCGAGGAGGACCCCAAGGAGGUCAGGGCCUCGGAUCUGGGCAUUUCCUACGUGGCCCUGGACGGCAACAUCGGCUGCAUGGUCAACGGCGCGGGCCUGGCCAUGGGCACCAUGGACAUCAUUCAACAGUACGGCGGCACGCCGGCGAACUUCCUCGACGUGGGCGGCGGCGCCAGCAAGGAGAUGGUGGGACAGGCCUUCCGUCUGCUGCUCUCGGACGACAAGGUGCGCGGUGUGCUGGUGAAUAUCUUCGGCGGCAUCAUGCGUUGCGACGUCAUCGCCGAGGGCAUCAUCGACGCCGCCAAGGAGAUCGGCGUCACCGUGCCGCUGGUGGUGCGGCUGCAGGGCACCAACGUGGAGCAGGGGAGAGAGCUGCUGUCGAAGUCGGGCCUGAAGAUCACCACCGCCGACACCAUCGCGGACGCGGCGCAGAAGAUCGUCCAGGCCGUGCAGGCGGAAGAGGGGCGGGCAUGA